AUGGCACAGCGGUUCCUGUCGUCCGCCUUCAUGCUGACCGUCUCGCUGUCGUGCACCUACCUGUGCUACAGCAUCAUCUUCGGCCGCACCGCCGUCAUCUCGGGCCGGCCGUACGAGGGGAGCCGAUGCCCGCCGAGCCCCAACGCGGCCGGGAAGAAACUUCUCGGCCAGUCGGAGCAGUGUGCCCGGCUGCCGGGGGUCCGCGCCGCCGCAGCCCAGCCCGGCGGUGUCGGUCCUCCUCCUCCUCCUCCUUCUUCUGCGGCGCGCUGGGUAAAAAACUCGAGUUCGGCGCAAAGGUACGGACAAAAAAAACUCCCCGGCGCCUUAAUAGUGGGAGUGAAGAAAGGAGGAACCAGGGCGGUGCUGGAGUUCAUUCGCAUCCAUCCAGAUGUGCGCGCGCUCGGAACCGAGCCACAUUUUUUCGACCGCAACUACGACCGAGGACUGGACUGGUACAGGGGUCUCAUGCCAAGAACACUGGACAGUCAGAUUACGUUGGAGAAGACCCCCAGCUACUUUGUGACCAGGGAGGCACCCCGCCGCAUCUGCAGCAUGUCCCAGCAGACCAAGCUGAUCGUGGUGGUACGCAACCCUGUCACCCGGGCCAUCUCGGACUACACGCAGACUCUGUCUAAGAAGCCCGACAUCCCCACUUUUGAGGAUCUGGCCUUCAAGAACAGGAGCCUGGGCGUCGUGGACACCUCGUGGAAUGCCAUCCGCAUUGGAAUGUACAUCCUGCACCUGGAGAACUGGCUGCGCUACUUCCGCCUCUCGCAGAUGCACUUUGUAAGCGGCGAGCGGCUCAUUACGGACCCGGCGGGCGAGAUGGGCCGCAUUCAGGACUUUCUGGGACUCAAGCGGAUCAUCUCGGACAAGCACUUCUACUUCAACAGGACCAAGGGCUUCCCGUGUCUGAAGAAGCCAGAGAGCAGCGGGCAGCCUCGCUGCUUGGGGAAAUCCAAGGGCAGGACUCACGUGCAAAUACAGCGGGAGGUCAUCGAGCAACUGCAGGAGUUUUAUAGACCCUUCAACGUCAAGUUCUUCGAAACGGUCGGACAGGACUUCAAAUGGGAUUGA